GGCCGCCGUAUUGGGGCGGCGAAUUUCGUGCGACGCGGGUUGCUUCUCCCCAUCGCGCGUAGCUCUCCCUCAGUCAUGGCAUCUCUCGCUCGCGCUCGUCUUGCUGGCCGGUUGGCCUCUGCCUCCCGCCCCGCCGUCUUCGCGCCGGCGACCCUCCGCGCGCGCUGGAUACAGACGUCGGCCGACACGACGCAGCUGCACGAGUCUCCGUCCGACUUCAGCCAGCCGUUCAAGGUCAAGAUUCACGAGGACAGCUUCCGCGCGCACAACUGCGAGAUGCCCGAGCUUGACGUCGACGUCACGAAGGACGAGCUCUUGACAAUGUACAGCCAGAUGCAGACGAUGCGCCGUAUGGAGAUGGCCGCAGACGCGCUGUACAAGGCGAAGUUGAUUCGUGGUUUCUGCCAUCUGGCAAUCGGCCAGGAAGCGGUUUCAGUCGGCCUGGAGCACGGCAUCCAUAAGGAUGACCUCGUCAUCACCGGCUACCGCUGCCAUCCCUUCGCUGUCCUACGUGGUGGCACCAUUGUUGGCGUCCUCGGCGAGCUCCUCGGUCGUCAGUGCGGCAUGUCACACGGCAAGGGUGGUUCUAUGCACAUCUUCACUCCCACUUUCUUCGGCGGCAACGGUAUCGUUGGUGCCCAGGUCCCUGUCGGUGCUGGGCUUGCUUUUGCUCUCAAGUACCGCCAAAAGGACAACUGCUCCUUCGCACUCUACGGUGACGGUGCCAGCAACCAGGGUCAGGUCUUCGAGGCGUUCAACAUGGCCAAGCUCUGGAACCUCCCAUGCGUCUUCGUUUGCGAGAACAACAAGUACGGUAUGGGCACGAGCGCGGAGCGCAGCUCGAUGAACACGGAGUACUUCAAGCGCGGAGACAAGAUCCCGGGUAUCCAGGUGAACGGCAUGGACAUCAUCGCGACUCGCCAGGCUGCUGCAUACGCGCGCAAGUGGACCGUCGACGACAAGCGUGGCCCGCUCCUCGUCGAGUUCGUCACCUAUCGCUACGGUGGUCACUCCAUGUCCGACCCGGGUACGACCUACCGCUCCCGCGAGGAGGUCCAGCGCAUGCGUAGCACCCAGGACCCUAUCCGUGGUCUCCAGCGCUACAUUGAGGAGUGGGGUGUCGCCAGCGAGCAGGAGCUCAAGGCUCUCGACAAGAAGGCGAAGCAGGAGGUCGACGAGGCGGUUGAGAUCGCCAAGGCGUCCCCGGAGCCCAGCAUGGAGGACUUCUGGAAAGAUGUCUACUACAAGGGCACCGAGCCGCCCUUCCUCCGCGGGCGUGAGCGCGAGGAGGUCCACUACUACUAGACGGGCGGCCUAGUGGUCUGUCUGUCUGUAGUCUGACUUCUUAUGCACUCAUUUGACAUGCAUAUGGCGGUGUAGAGGAUGCUAGCAUACUGUGAUGGAGGCCCUUCGUAGACGCACCGGGGAUCGGGUGUGUUUGCGGCAGCGCGGCAUAAAAUACGGGGCAUGUAUAUCCUAGAUUUCACUAUUCAUGCGCGGGCCGUUAGUAGAAA